GUCUCACUUCACCACAAAAUCAAGAAAGCUUUCGUUUGCAUAAAAUUCUUCUGUAAUAUCACUAGUUUUAAUUUAAAUGGCUUCUUCAACAUUGUCAUGGGCUGGUGUCCCUUUGGUGUCAAGAAAAGGCACUGCUUCAACUAAUAAAUCAAUGGUUCCUUGCUCAGUCAGCUUCCCACGGAGAUGUCUGAACAUCGGUACCGGUAGGCGGUCGCCGGUGUCGGUAGUGAGAGCGGAACAAAGUGGUGAGAAUAAGGAGACCUCUGUGGAUGUUCAUGUCAAUCAAGGUCACCAACAAGGUGGUAGUAGUACCGCAGUUGAAAUGAAACCUCGAAGAAACCUGGCUGUCGAUAUGUCACCUUUUGGUUUACUAGAUCCAUUGUCUCCAAUGAGGACAAUGCGUCAAAUGCUGAACACAAUGGACAGGCUAUUUGAGGAUGCAAUGACAUAUCCUGUAAGAACCAGGACAGUAGGAGGCUUAGGAGGAGGAGAAUUACGCUCUCCGUGGGACAUCAAAGACGAAGAAAAUGCGAUCAACAUGAGGUUCGACAUGCCUGGACUGUCCAAGGAAGAUGUCAAGGUCUCUGUUGAAGAUAAUGUUCUUGUCAUAAAAGGAGAACACAGAAAGGAAGAAAGUGGAGAUCAAGAUUCGUGGUCCGGUACGAGUUUGAGCGCGUACAAUACGCAUCUUACGCUUCCUGAUAACUGCGACAAGGAUCAAAUUAAAGCGGAGUUGAAGAAUGGAGUUCUGUAUAUUUCCAUCCCUAAAAUUAAAGUGGAACGUAAGGUGGUUGAUGUUCAAGUUCAGUAAUGGCUUAAUACAUAGUUUGACCUCUGAACUUGUACCCUUUUACCCAUCUAACCUCUAAACUUAACGUCUCACCUAUCGAACCUCUGAACUUGUCAAAUAAUCCGAUUUGACCUCUGAACUUGAUAAAUACGUAAAUAUUGAACCCCUCCGUGCCACCUGUCACUUCAAACAUUCUAGAAGAAAUUGUGUACGGAGGGGUUUAAUAUUUACGUUUUUAUCAAGUUCAGGGGUCAAAUCGGAUUAUUUGACAAGUUCAGAGGUUCGAUAGGAGAGACGUUAUGUUUAGGGGUUUGAUGGGUAAAAUGAUACAAGUUCAGGGGUCAAACUAUGUAUUCAGCCGUUCAGUAAUGGGUGAAUUUGCAUAUACCUUCAAAGGAAGGCUUCUUUAUUUAGCUUCUGUAUGUGUGUGGUUGUGUGAAACAUAUUAAGUGGUGUAUUUUUACUUUUCUCUUUGUAUAGAAUGAUGAAUAAUUUGUAACUUA